AGCUGAGCCUUGCAGGGCUGGCUGGAAGGUGGAGAAGGGAUGGGAUGGGAGUGGGAUGUCAAUGGGAGCUUGAAGAUGGAAGAUGGAAGGGUCAUCUGCUGGAGCCUGGGAUUCUAUGGGGCUCUCUUGUGCUGUGGAGGGCACAAGUUCUGCAGGCCUUCCUUACAGUAGUCACGGCAGGCCUGAGCUGUGAGGUGGCUAUAGAGGCGGUAGAUGAGACAGUGCCUGGCACUUGGGAUACCUGAUAUUCAGCCUGUCUUCUACUCGUUCCAGUCUGCCAUCUUCAGGAACCAGCAGUGGGUGGGAGAAGCAGCAAUAUCUCCUAGUACUCAGUGGCAUCCGCUGGCCACUUUCUUUCUCUCUGUUCCCCAUCCCAUGCCAGCACAUCUCCAUCCUUCUGCAGCUGCUGCAGUCAGAUCCAUCAUGUGGGCACUGACAACCCUUCUGCUCCUCGUUUCAAGCAGUGGGCAAGCUGCUACUCUGGAGAAGCCCAUAUUGUCUCUACACCCACCUUGGACCACCAUCUUCAAGGGGGAGCGGGUAACUUUGAAGUGUGAUGGAUACCACCCACUGCUCCUGGAGCUCCGGCCCAUCAGCACUCUCUGGUAUUUGGGCCACCUACUUCUGCCCUCUCACAAGAAAAGCAUUGAGGUGCAGACACCGGGGGUGUAUCGAUGCCAGACACGGGGAGCACCCGUCAGUGACCCCAUUCACCUCUCUGUAUCCAAUGACUGGCUGAUUCUGCAAGUGCCCUAUACUCCAGUGUUCGAGGGCGAGCCGCUGGUCCUGCGCUGCCGCGGCUGGUACGACAAGGUGGUUUACAAGCUUCACUACUACCACGACGGCCAGGCCGUGCGCUACUUCCACUCCAGCGCCAACUACACUGUGUUGCAGGCGCGCGCCAGCGAUAGCGGGCGCUACCAGUGCUCGGGCACCAUGCGCAUCCCGGUGGAGAGCGCGCCCAUGUUCUCCGCUAAGGUGGCCGUGACAGUGCAAGAACUGUUCCGGGCGCCGGUGCUGAGGGUGAUGGGUCCGCCGGAGCCGCACGUGACUGGGAGUGAUACAUUCACAGGUUCUCCCUUGGACCCGGCCUCCACUACCGCCCCACGGGCCGCAGCCUUGGCUCCUGGAAACAAGCCGCUUUUCUUCCGAAAGCCCCCGGUGUCCAGAUCGGUCCCGUCGGUCACCUCCGUCCCGAGCACCACCUCCACCGGGCUGCAGUUCCCGGCAAGUGGCGCCCCGACUGCUGGGCCACCCGCCUGCGCUUCGCCGACGCCCUUGGAACAAUCGGCUGGAGCCCUGAAACCCGACGUGGACCUUCUGCUCCGAGAAAUGCAGCUGCUCAAAGGCAUUCUGAGCCGGGUGGUCCUGGAAUUAAAGGAGCCACAGGCCCUCCCGGAGCUCAGGGGCACGCCCGAGACCCCCACCUCUCACUUUGCUGUGAGCCUGGGAACCCCAGAGACCACUCCUGUGGAGAGCUGAGGGGGCGGCUACCGUCCCCUCUGCAGGCUCAUUCCUCCCUGGUCGCCUGCUUCCCCUCAGGCGAAGUUCUUUCAAAGCCAUCUGUUUGCAUCCUGGUGUUUUGCUGUGGUUUUUAAAGGAGCGCCCACAAAGUGUAGUGGCUGACGAUUUCAACCUCACACAGCAGUUUGUAACCACAAGCAUUCUCUUUGAAUUCUCAGGGAAUUCAGCAAGAAGUAGAAACCUGCUAUUUACUACAUUGUGGUUUAACUUUGGAAGUGAAUUUAGUCACCCAUAGCCCUUCAGAUAAGCCUAGCCAGUACAUAUUUCAGCACAGGCAGUUUUUUUGGUAUUUAAGUACAUUGAGGUAACUGAGGACUUGAUAAUAUUUUAGGGUCGAGGUGUAAUUAUUCAUAAUGAAUUUACUCUGUUGAUAUUAAAAAGACGUUCAGUCCUAUUACUGAUGAGUUUACAUCUUCAAAUAACUCCUGGGUUCUAUUUA